UAAUGCAGCAUACAAAGGACACACUUGAAGUUGCCUAACGACCCUCAGCAAAGGGUGUGAGUAUCAUCAGCACAUGAUGAUGAUUAUUGCUUUUUUUAUUCAACGGCUGAUUAAAUAUUGUGGCUGCAGAAGUCCGGCUCAUUAAACGCAGACCCACAUUACUGAGCAGAAACGACCCCCCGCAGAGUUCACCCCCUCCGGUCCUGGAUGAGAACCACAAAAAGAAAAACACACAACUCCGUUUUUCCUCCAUUCGGUCGGACCGCCGCGCAGGAAGCCGCCGCCGCAGCAGGUGAUUGCCCUUAUUUGGUAGCGGCCCAGAUCACGUGACCACAAAAUGGUGGCAGCUGCGAGCUGUGCGUGAGGCGAGCAUCUCCAAGACCAGCAAACAGGCGCAGAACCGGGAAGCGCGCCGAUGCAGUGAGAGAAGCGGUCCUCGUGGGGAUGGACCCAGCAUCAGAGACUAAAAUGAACUCUGAGGGGGGCGAAGGCCGACCAGUCCCUCCGACCUCUCUGCCCCUGCAAGGAGGAGGUCCCAGCCAGAGAAAGAAGCUCUCCGCCCCCCGAAUCAGCCUUUCGCUGGACCAGAGCGAGGACGACCUGGGGGAGACGCCCGAUGAUCUCGACAUAAAUGUCGACGACCUGGACACUCCGGACGAGGAGGAUUACCUCGACUACACGGACCAUGAGAUGGACUGGGAAGACCCCGAUGCCACCAGUAAGACCGGGACAACCGAGCCUCACAAUCCAAUCCCGACAUACAGCGCGGAGGAGGAGCGCCAGGACGGAAAACUAUGGAGGACCGUGGUCAUCGGCGAGCAAGAGCACCGGAUCAACAUGAAGGUCAUCGAGCCCUACAUGAGGGUCGUCUCCCACGGAGGCUACUAUGGCAACGGAGUGAAUGCCAUCAUAGUGUUUGCUGCCUGUUUCCUGCCGGACAGCGACAGAGACGACUACCACGAAAUAAUGGAGAACCUCUUCCUCUACGUGAUCAGUACACUGGAGCUGAUGGUGGCGGAGGACUACAUGAUCGUGUACCUGAACGGAGCCACGCCCCACAGGAGGAUGCCCGGCCUCGGUUGGCUGAAGAAAUGCUAUCAGAUGAUUGACAGAAGGCUCAGGAAGAACUUGAAAUCCUUCAUUAUUCUGCAUCCGUCGUGGUUCAUCAGGACGAUUCUAGCUGUCACCAAGCCCUUCAUCAGCACCAAGUUCAGCAGUAAGAUUAAGUACGUGAACAGUCUGGACGAACUGCAUGAAUCCAUCCCCAUGGACAGCAUCCAGAUCCCAGAGUGCAUCAUUAGGCUCGAUAAGGAACUGAAGGAAGCUGCAGAUAACUCAAAAAGGAAUAGUUUUUUGCUGGGACUGGAUCCGACAGCAGCAGCAUCAGCAGCAGCAGGCGGACCAGAACCAGAUGCAGCCGGUGGCAGCAGCUCUUAAAACAAACGUCCUAAAUGGACGGGUUGUCUCGAUGUCCCGAAGUCACUGUUGUAUUGUGCGAGUGAAGCUGGAGAGGCUUGUUCAGCUGCCGCGUGCGUGUGUGUGUGUCAGUGUUUGUUCAUUAGACCCGGGACUUUAAUACUUUGAUAUGAAACCUGCAAUAGCUGGAUCUCAUUCUUAGUGGCGGCUGUGGCAUCUAUUUUACCGUAACACUAUCAAACCGGAGAGCUGUACUGCUGAGCGUGACGCUCGGCAGCAGCGUUGCUCACAGGAGGAAAUGCAAUUACACACCAGAUGUACACAGCACAAAUCAAUGUGUAGAGCACAGCGUUGUGUGCAUGAGAAGCAGCGGAGCAAUAAUAUCGCCCUUUGCUGGUCACACACUCGCUACUUCAGAUAAACAAGACGACUUGUGAGUCAGCGAUCUAGAAUAAAAGCACAUUGCGUACAGAAAAACAAAACUAACCGUGUGCCAUAAAUUACCGGGUACUGCAUUUAAAACAAUCCACUCCUUAAUUCUCUUUAAGACGGGGGACACAAAAAGCAAUUUCAAGUUCAUAAAGUCAAUGGGGAACCGGGGAGGUGGAAGCCGUCCGCGCAGCGUCAGAAUCACUUUGUCAGACGCCGACUGGGAAUCAUCUCUUCAGCUCCUCUCGGACCAUCGAGCCUCAGCAAAUUAAAGACGGGGUUUCUGCAAAGCACAAUAUCUUCUGUGUCCACGUGUGUCCGUGCAUGUCGCCUCAUAGAUAACCGAUUGUCCUCUUACCCAUGAGUCUUAAGUGGCGUUUGGAGGAUGUGCAGAGAACUUAUGGAUCACUGUCUAGUAAUUCAAAUAAAUGAAGUGAAAUCAAA